AAGAAAGGGAAAGAGAGAGAGAGACAGGCUGACAAACUGACUACAGCUACCUGCUGGAAGCGAACGCACUGACUGGGAGGAGGAUCGGAUAUUGAAACACGCACUCUCAACCGAGCAACAAGACAAUACAAACAGCUACAACAAAACCCGCAAUUAGAGAAGAGUUGUGUGUGUUUUCCAGACGGCAAAGAGGACUAAUAAUCAUCAUUACCAUUGACCCAACGCCAUCAGAAAACCCAGGAGUGAAUAUAUAGCCAUGUAUUUGAAUAGAGAAGAGAACAAUAGCAAAGCAGGCUCCCUGUCCCUCAGUGUGCUCCUGGUGUCUCUAGCAGUCACAGUGUGUGCUGUCUGGCUGGUGGCUCUGUGUGGCGUCUGUGGCUGGUGUCAACGCAAGCUGGGGAAGAGGAAUAAGCCAGGACUGGAGGCGGCUGGUACUUCAGAGACGGGUCGUGGGCGAGGAGGAGAGAAAAAAGCCAUCAAGUAG